AUGGCGGCGUACGGCCCAGCGACGGAUGGAACGGCUUCCGAGAUUGGCGGCUACAGAUUGCGCUUCCUCAACGACGAGUGGAACGACAGCAUCUCAAACGGCGAACCAUUCACCUUGCGAUGGAACUCGUCCCUCACCAAGGAUGAGUCCACGCUGGAGCUUUUCAAGGUUACAUAUCCGAAAGAGGGCAUCGUCUUGUACGAGUUGGUGUCAGACCUGACCGGUGCGUGCCUUGUCUGCUCCGUGACGUCCACCGACUUGCCGGCUGACGGUGACGUAGACUCGAUGAGCAGCGCGUCGUGCGUUUGGACACCCGACGGCCUGGAACCGGAGUUGUACACCGUGUGGCUUUCCCACGGUCAAGAUGCGCACGCAAACUGGACAAUGUCCCCUCCUUGGAUGCCAACAAACUCGUCGGGUAUAGAAGAUGGCAAACGCAAGACAAGCCGACAUAGAUUACACUGGGCGGCACCCAUCAUCAUACCGGUAGUAUGCCUGCUUGUUCUUUACGCCAUCUGCCUGACAACCUGCUUCGUGUACCGCCGCCGGAAAAAGGCAACACGGGAACGGGAUGAGGCGACAGCUCACCGAGAGGCGGGCCGCAACAAUUCGGUUGACUCGGCCACCACCGUCCUCACAUUCACCGAGUCGAACGCUGAAGAGGACAAAACAAAGUCCGGCAGCGAGAGCUGGAUAUUCCACAAUUCAUCCGCUUAUGAGUCGAAAGUCACGGUGGGGGGUGUCCCGGAAACGGACAUCACCGAGGUCAAGGUCGGAGAGCGUAUGCGUCAUAAUGAUGGCGCCAUCGGCAUUGGCUUGUAG